GGCAAAUGUCUGGAGUAUUUUAGGAAUAUUGUCGGUUCUGUGUCUCUGUCGCUUAUUUCUAUGUGUGUUUAAGGGUUCAAAUAUGUAUGCUCGCUGAAUAUUGUCUAUUGUAUAACGUUCAUUCUGAAUCAAUAAUGAGGCAGACCGCCCUGUUCUUGAGCGUUUUGUGUUUGUUGAUUGCUUCAUCUACAAGUGAGGAAUCGGCUGCCAAUGAAGUGGACGAGCGUGGCUACAUCUUGUUCUGUCCCUGUAUGGGUCGAUUUGGAAACCAAAUGGACUACUUCUUGGGCACCCUUAGUUUCGCUAAGGAGCUCAACAGGACACUAGUGCUGGCACCGUGGGUGGAAUAUCACAUGCGUCAGCCGAAGUCGAUUCAGGUACCGUUCGACGAGUAUUUUCGAGUGGACGAAGUAGCGAAGUACCAUCCUGCAAUUACCAUGGAAACAUUUAUGAGUGAAAUAGCCCCGAAGAUAUGGCCGCCUUCAAAGAGAAUUUCGUUCUGCUACCAGCAGCGGCAGGCGUACGGUGAGCCGCCGACCGACCCCUGCGCCGCCAAGAACGGCAACCCGCCCGGCCCCUUCUGGGACACCUACGGCAUAGACUUUGUGUCCUCGGAGCUGCACAGCCCGCUGUCGUACGACCUGUGGAACGUGGCCGGCGAGGCGGAGCGCUGGCGGCGCCGCUACCCGCCGCACCGCUGGCCCGUGCUGGCGUUCGCCGGCUCGCCGGCCUCCUACCCGGUGCUGGAGGUGAACGCCGGCCUGCAGCGCCACUUCCAGUGGUCGGAGUCCGUCCGCGAGCGCGCCCGGGAGCUGAGGCGCCGCCUGCUGCCGGCCGCGCCGUUCGUUGGCGUCCACCUCCGGCUCGGCUCCGACUGGGAGCGCGCCUGCGCCCACACGCGCCAGGCCACGGGCAACAUGUUCUCGUCGGCGCAGUGUCUGGGCUACCGUCAGCAGCACGGUCGGCUGACGGAGCGACUCUGCUACCCGGACUGGCCGACCGUGGCGCGCCAGAUGCGCCGCGCCGCCCGCCACACGCGCGCGCCCGCCGUCUACGUGGCCACGGACGCGCCCGAGCGGCUGGACAGUCUGCGCCGCGAGCUGCGCGGCCACGAGCAGGAGUUCGAGCUGGUCACGUGGCAGCCGGCCGAGCCGGGCCGGCCGGCGGACGCGCACGCCGAGCUAGCGCUGCUGGCCCGCGCCAACCUCUUCAUCGGCAACUGCGUCUCCUCGUUCUCGGCAGUGGUGUUCCGCGAGCGGGACGCGCUCGGGCUGCCGUCCGCCUUCUGGGCGUUCCCAGAGGACUCUGAGUCGGAGUCGGAGUCGGACCGGGAUGCCGACCCGGCGCGGCCCGGCAGGGACGAGCUGUAGUCAGCCCGGCCGGGCCCGGCAGGGACGAGCUGUAGUCAGCCCGGCCCGGCCCGGCAGGGACGAGCUGUAGUCAGCCCGGCCCGGCAGGGACGAGCUGUAGUCAGCCCGACCCGGCCCGGCAGGGACGAGCUGUAGUCAGCCCGGCCCGGCCCGGCAGGGACGAGCUGUAGUCAGCCCGGCCCGGCCCGGCAGGGACGAGCUGUAGUCAGCCCGGCCCGGCAGGGACGAGCUGUAGUCAGCCCGGUCCGGCAGGGAGGAGCUGUAGUCAGCUCGGCCCGGCCCGGCCCGGCUCGUGGGGACAGGGAUCUCGCUGUGGCGUGCGCUGCCGCACUGCUGGCGGCAGUACCUCCGGGGACGUGUGUGUGCUCAGAUCGGCCUGCCGCUCAGCCCGGGUCUCCGCGGAGACUGGCGGUGGCGCGGUCCCGUAUGCCGGUCAUUGGGCGGGAGUGUUGGUCGCGGCCGGCCGUGCGCGGUGGCGGGGCGUGGCUCGGCCGCGCGGUGAUCUCAGUGACGACAGAGCAGCGAUCAAAUGGCACCCAUUGGGUGUGUACUGUGUCCGGUGACAUUCACCGCAACCGGCUCGUGUAGUGCUUUGAGUACUUACGAAUGAGCCGUUCAUGCAUUGAUACAUUCAUUCCCGUUUUCUAUUUUCGCUUUUGCAGCGAUCAUCCAACCAUUAAUAAAGUUUACUUUGGA